AUGGCCGGUAGGCCCUCCGGAUCGCAUCGAGCCGCUGGCCACGAUGACGACCUCCUUCUGGACUCCGGUCCAAUCUAUAACUCUGGCCAGCCCCCGCCCGUGAAUGAUGAGCACCUACUUCAACAGUACGACAUUGACGACUCCGACACGCCCCAUGCGCAACCGCGUCCUUCCGUAUCCUACGAUAGUUUUGUCGGCAGCAGAGCGCAGCAAGCCGGAGCUCACCAUGCAGCUCCCGGUCUUGCGCACGUCGCUCAUCCAGGCGUGUACGAGAGCGAUCCUUACUCCGACGAACCGGUAACCCGGACCUAUUCGCAGACCUCCGGACUGGACAACUACCAGCGAUACUCGUUCGACGAACUCGAGGAUUCCCACUCCGGAUACUACGACCUUGACCCGCAUGAAGAUCGGAUACCGAGCGCGGCUCAUGUACGCAAGGCCAAUGAACGGAACAGCAUUAUGGGGCUGGGAGGCGGCAUCAUGGGGAAGGCGAAAUACAUGUUUGGAAUGGGACCGCAGUAUUCCGAGAUGGAUUUGCCAUUAACAGAGGCCGGGGCGAGACGAGCUACAGUUGACAGCAGUGAUGCGCCAGGAGCCGUGAAGUCCAAAAAGCCGUCCGGCGCAUCUGGCUUCACGUCCAUAUUUGGCCGAAGAAAGGUCGAUCCUGCAAGUCUGGGUCCUCGUAUCAUUCAGGUCAACAAUCCCCCAGCCAACGCCACACACAGGUUCAUAAGCAACCAUGUGUCAACCGCGAAGUACAACAUCUUCACCUUUAUUCCCAAAUUUCUUUUCGAGCAAUUCUCAAAAUACGCCAACCUUUUCUUCUUGCUCACUGCCGUUCUCCAACAAAUCCCCAAUGUCUCGCCGACAAGCAGGUACACCACUAUCGUGCCGCUAGCUAUCGUGCUGGCGGUAUCUGCCAUCAAGGAACUAGUCGAAGAUUACAAACGACGAAUGUCAGACCGAGGCUUGAAUUAUUCCAAAACGCAAGUUCUUCGUGGCUCUUCUUUCCACGAAACAAAAUGGGUGGAUGUUGUAGUUGGUGACAUUGUUCGAGUUGAGUCCGAACGGCCAUUCCCCGCAGAUUUGGUCCUCAUGGCGUCAUCGGAGCCUGAGGGAUUAUGCUAUAUCGAGACGGCCAAUUUGGAUGGCGAGACCAACUUGAAGAUCAAGCAGGCUAUACCCGAAACCGCUCAUUUGGUCAGUCCUAGUGACUUAAGUCGGCUGGGAGGCCGAAUUCGGUCCGAACAACCCAACAGCAGUCUUUAUACCUACGAAGCUACCUUGACUAUGAACGCUGGUGGUGGGGAGAAGGAACUGUCCCUCGCUCCAGACCAAUUGCUUCUUCGUGGUGCAACUCUGCGCAACACGCCCUGGAUCCAUGGUAUUGUCGUUUUCACCGGCCACGAAACUAAGUUGAUGCGAAAUGCAACAGCUACGCCGAUUAAGCGCACUGCUGUGGAACGUACGGUUAAUGUUCAGAUUUUGAUGCUGGUGGGCAUUCUCGUUGCCCUUAGUGUUGUCAGCUCUGUGGGCGACCUGGUCAUUCGUAAAACCAGAGGCAAGAGUCUUGCCUACCUGGAUUACGGAGAUACCAAAGCCGUCAAUCAAUUUUUCUUGGAUCUUUUCACCUACUGGGUGCUCUAUUCUAACUUGGUUCCUAUCUCGCUCUUCGUGACCAUUGAAAUCGUCAAAUACUUCCAGGCGUACCUCAUCAACUCUGAUUUGGACAUUUACCACGUGGAAACAGAUACCCCUGCAACAUGUCGUACAUCAUCUCUGGUCGAAGAGCUUGGCCAGAUCGAAUACAUCUUCUCUGACAAGACUGGAACAUUGACAUGCAACCAGAUGGAGUUCAAGCAAUGCACAAUCGCCGGAAUCCAGUACGGAGACGACGUUUCGGAAGACCGACGGGCUACUUCGGGUGAAGAUUCCGAGUAUGGAAUCUACGAUUUCAAGACUCUUCGACAGAACUCCCAAUCGCACCCCUCUCAGCAUGCUAUCCAACAGUUCCUCACUCUCUUGGCUACUUGCCACACGGUCAUUCCCGAACGCACAGGGAAUGAUCCCAAUGAGAUCAAGUACCAGGCAGCCUCACCAGACGAGGCUGCUCUGGUAGAUGGUGCUGCUUCUCUGGGAUAUCGUUUCACGAACCGAAAACCAAGAUCCGUUCUUUUUGAAACCGGCGGCCAGGAAUUUGAAUACGAGCUACUGGCGGUGUGUGAGUUCAACUCGACUCGAAAGAGAAUGUCCACCAUUUUCCGAUGCCCAGAUGGCAAGGUCCGGAUCUACUGCAAGGGAGCCGACACGGUAAUCCUCGAGCGACUUCACCCGGAUAACCCUACUGUGGAGACAACUCUCCAGCAUCUUGAAGAAUAUGCCUCCGAGGGUCUGCGUACUCUUUGCCUUGCCAUGCGUGAGGUUCCCGAGGAGGAAUUCCAGCAAUGGUGGCAGAUUUUUGACAAGGCUAACACCACUGUGAGCGGUAAUCGUGCUGACGAACUCGACAAAGCUGCCGAGCUGAUUGAAAAAGAAUUUUACCUUCUUGGUGCCACCGCCAUUGAGGAUCGACUGCAGGAUGGUGUGCCCGAUACCAUUCACACACUCCAGACUGCAGGAAUCAAGAUCUGGGUCCUAACUGGUGAUCGCCAGGAGACUGCUAUUAACAUUGGCAUGUCCUGUAAACUUAUUUCGGAAGAUAUGACUCUGCUCAUCAUCAAUGAGGAGUCCGCGGACGCCACACGAGCCAGUAUACAAUCGAAAUUGGACGCCGUGAAGACUCAAGCGAACUCCGGUGACAUUGAGACCUUGGCUUUGGUGAUUGAUGGAAAGUCUUUGACAUUUGCCUUGGAAAAAGACAUGGAGAAAAUGUUCCUGGACCUUGCUAUCAUGUGCAAGGCCGUGGUCUGCUGUCGUGUGUCUCCUUUGCAGAAAGCUCUGGUCGUCAAACUCGUCAAAAGAAACUUGAAAUCCCUACUUCUGGCUAUUGGUGAUGGUGCAAACGACGUAUCUAUGAUUCAAGCUGCUCAUGUUGGCGUCGGUAUAAGUGGUAUGGAAGGUCUCCAAGCUGCUCGAUCGGCCGAUGUGGCAAUUGCCCAGUUCCGUUUCCUCCGAAAACUUCUGUUGGUUCACGGCGCCUGGAGUUAUUCUCGCAUUAGUCGAGUCAUUUUAUACUCUUUCUACAAGAACAUUACUCUGUACAUGACACAAUUCUGGUAUUCCUUCCAAAACGCUUUUUCUGGAGAGGUUAUCUACGAGUCGUGGACGCUCUCUUACUACAACGUGGUAUUCACCGUUCUGCCCCCAUUUGCCAUGGGAAUCUUCGACCAGUACAUCUCCGCUCGACUGCUGGACCGAUACCCUCAACUGUACCAGAUGGGCCAAAAGGGUCUCUUCUUCAAGAAGCACAGCUUCUGGGCCUGGGUUCUCAACGGAUUCUUCCAUUCGCUGCUUCUCUACAUUGCAUCUCAGUUGAUUUUCCUCUGGGAUCUUCCCAUGUUUAAUGGCCACGUCGCUGGCCAUUGGGUGUGGGGCGAGGCAUUGUAUACUGCCGUUCUGGGAACUGUUCUCGGCAAGGCGGCUCUGGUUUCCAACAUCUGGACCAAAUAUACCUUCAUCGCUAUUCCUGGAUCUAUGCUCCUGUGGCUUAUUUUCCUUCCAGCCUAUGGUUAUGCUGCGCCCGCCCUAGGAUUUUCAUUUGAAUACUACGGUACCAUUCCCGUCCUUUUCAAACUCCCUGUCUUCUAUCUGAUGGCCCUCGUCCUCCCCUGCCUCUGUCUCCUGCGUGAUUUUGCCUGGAAGUACGCCAAGCGCAUGUACUACCCACAGCAUUACCACCACGUCCAGGAGAUUCAGAAGUACAAUGUGCAGGACUACCGUCCUCGCAUGGAACAGUUCCAAAAAGCCAUUCGGAAGGUCCGCCAGGUGCAGCGUAUGCGCAAGCAACGCGGUUAUGCCUUCUCGCAAGCCGAUGAUGGUGGCCAAAUGCGUGUCUUGAAUGCCUACGACACCACCCAAGGUCGUGGACGUUAUGGUGAGAUGGCGAGCUCCCGGACCCCGGCCUUAUGA